AUGGUUCCAAAGCCAACUGGCAAAGGCGCGAAGAAGGCUGUGAAGUCGACCAAGGUGGCCAAGACCGACGGAAAGAAGAGAAGAAAGUCGAGAAAGGAGACCUACUCCGUCUACAUCUACCGUGUCCUCAAGCAGGUCCACCCUGACACCGGAAUCUCCUCCAAGGCCAUGUCCAUCAUGAACUCCUUCGUCAACGAUGUCUUCGAGCGCAUCGCCGCUGAAGCCUCUCGUCUGGCCCAGUACAACAAGAGGUCCACAAUUUCGUCCCGCGAAAUCCAAACCUCCGUUCGUCUGAUCCUGCCAGGAGAGCUGGCCAAGCACGCCGUCUCCGAAGGAACCAAGGCCGUCACCAAAUACACCUCAUCCAAGUAA